UUAAACAAACCCAUAAAGUAAACAUCAAGAACCUCAACCACUCCUCAUCUCCCCCUCUAUAAAUAAACCCAUCCCGUCUCAACUCCGAACAUCUUCAAUUCAUAAUUAGCUUCAAAUCUCACUGGAGAGGCCAAUGGCGAGCGAGGAUGUGAAGCUAAUCGGAGCAGUAAUGAGCCCGUUCGUGAUGAGGCCGAGGGUUUCGCUGAAUCUGAAGGGUGUUGAGUAUGAGUUCUUGGAGGAAACUUUUGGGAGCAAGAGCGAGUUGCUCCUGAAAUCUAACCCGGUUUACAAGAAGAUACCCGUCCUCAUCCACUCCGGCAAACCCAUCUGUGAGUCUCUUAUUAUUGUUCAAUACAUCGAUGAGACCUGGAGUGGUCACUCUAUCCUUCCUUCUGAUGCUUAUGACCGCGCCAUCGCUCGCUUUUGGGCGCAUUAUAUUGAUGACAAGUGGUUCCCUGCUCUUGCUUCGAUUGCAAGGGCACAGACAGAGGAGGCCAAGAAUGAGGCAAUUGAGCAGGUUUUCACUGGUCUAAAACUGUUGGAAGAAGCCUGUGAGAAGUGCAGUGGAGGGAAGCCGUUCUUUGGUGGCGAAACCAUCGGCUAUGUCGAUAUUGCGCUCGGCUGCUACCUUGGAUGGCUCAGAGCCACAGAGAAGUUGAUUGGGAUUACUUUUCUUGAUGAAACUAAGACACCUUUGCUUUGUCAUUGGGCUGAGAAAUUUAGCUCACAUGAAGCCGUGGCAAGUGUGAUGCCAGAGACUGAUAAACUUGUGGAGUUUGCUAAGAUGAUCCAAGCCAAGUUCAAGGCUCCUGCAAACAAGUAAAAAAGUUGCUGAUGUUUCUGAGUGUAGGGUUCUGGUUUGUUGGUUUGAUAGUUUGUUGUCUAAGAAUAAAAAAACUGUAAGUGAGAUUAUUGCAAGUCAAUGUCUCUUUGCAAUUGUUGGUUUGAUAGCUAUGUUUUUAUGGUAAUGGCUUGCUUUCAAAUUGUAUCACUGUUUUAAGUAUUGUGAUUAAGGCACAUUGAAAA